AUGAAUAACUGUCCGAGGUUAAAAUUAUAAUCGGAGUAAUCGCAACAUCUCAAUUUUGUAGAAAUUCUGCUACUAAAUUGAGCAGGGGAGGCAGCGAAACAGCAAGCGCAACGACUACGACAACCUGUUCAUCUCCAGCCGUCUACAGAGCUUCGGCUCUCGAUGUAAAUGAUGAUGGUUCGAUGCUGGAGAAUGGCUUCUAUUGUAAUGAGGUAACUUUCGUGAAUCACUCUUUCCAAGCGCAAUUGUUUUACUUUUAGGACACAAGUCUGACGGAUUUCCCUUGCAACCAAACAGAAGCAGCUUCGUCGCAGAGAAGCAUUCUUCUCACAAGAGCCAACUUGAACGAUUCCUUCGGAUUUGCCAUACAGGUUCUGUCGUGGUUCGAAUUUAUUCCGAUCCUCGUCAUUUUGCAGUCUUAUGUGUUCAAAAGGUCUUCGAGCAAGUCGCUCGAAAGGAUCACCUAUAUUGACUAUGUUCAAGCCGGGAGCCCAGCUGAAAGAGCUGGAAUCCAGAAAGGUCAAAAUGUCUUCUUGAUAGUCAGAAAAAAAAAAUGAAAUCAUUUUACCAAGUGAGUUGAAAUUAUUUAAAAAAAGAAAAAACGAUCACGUUACACGAUUUCAAAACAUUUUUCGAUUUUUGGUGUAGAUUUCUGAAUGUAGUCUUUUCAGAAUGUCUUACUGCAGUAAAGGCACAUAAUUCUCGCACGAGCCAAUUUUUUUCUCGUCAAACAAUUUUUCGGCCACUUGCGUUCAUUUAUUUCUGAUUUUCCACUAUCGCGUAAUUUUUCAAUGAUUUUUUUAAAAAUUUUUAUCAUCUUCAGGAGACGUUGUUGUAGCCGUGAAUGGCGAAUGCGUUCUUUCGACGUCACAUACCGACCUCGUCGAGACGAUAUCCUCCCUUCUGCAAACCAGUUUGAUUCUUAUCUACAAAGUUGAAGGAUUCUUUUCUUCUUGUGAAACUAAAAAAAAGUCUUCAGGAUGUCGCCAAAAUCAUCUCGUUGACGAUGCGUUCAAUGCAGUUACGCUACAUUUUGGAGCAGAAGAAAAAGCUGUUGGAGAUUUUAGAAGACCAAGAAGCGUUCCUUUUGAGAAAAGGUUAACUAUUUUCUUUUUUGAAACUAUUUGAAACUAAAUGUUGCGAAGAAAUAUGAAUAUGAUAUGGGGUUUCCAAAAAUAAUAGCUCUUUGUUGAAAAUGAAACAAAUUGAUAAUUUUUUUUUCAAAUGAAGGUUUCUCCUCAAAAAGAAAACUAUACGGUUUUCUCGACGUUCUCAUCGUAACUUUUUUAUAUCAUUGAUAUGAAUGGAGUAUAUUUUCGUUUUUGAUUUUCGCCAGCGUCUCCUCUUCUUUAUAUCUCGAACUUUACAGUGGAUUUUCCUUUAAUCAAUUUUUCUAUGAGAACGCUCUCUUCCUUAAUGAUUUCAUCAAUUUAUGUUUAUUAUUCUUCAAAAAAAACCGAGAGUUUUUUUUUCUACCUGGCUAUAAAAUUUGAGAGUAUGUAAUCUUUCUUCCUCUCACAAGCAAGGUCUUUUUAAUUUUCGGUUCGAAUUUUCCUGAAAUUUUACCAGAAUAAUUUUUGAUUCACCAGGUGAAAAGCUUGAAAACUUGCACAACUUCUUAGUUUUUGAGAAUUGAGGGCCCAAAGUCAACGAACAUCCUCAAAAUCCGCUUAAAUAGCCUUUUUUUGCUUUGAGCUCUAUUUUUUUUUUCAAUUUAGUUUACAAACUUUCAUUAUUUUACACCAAGAAGUUUUUUGGCCAACUUUUAGGAUUUUCUCAACUGCAAAUUAAAAAGACCUUCCUUGUCAGCUCCUCUUUGAAAAGAAUUUUAUAGAAACCAACGAUUCGUUGUUGUACACAAUGGAAGACCUUCCUGAGGUCGACGGCUCGCCGUCUUCUUUUGCGGAGAUCGACUCUGCAAAGUGUACUUCCGUGUUCGGCUACCGCCACGUCAUCAGAGUCGACAGCUCCGGAAGCACGUCUUCUUUAAAUUCGCCGCAAAUCACCCGCUUGUAG